AUGGCAGUCACCACCCGGGCGCCGACAGUUGCUGGAACAGUGUUGCCCACUCCAGGUGAGGUCGUGGUCUCUGGCGCGGAAACUGCAGCUCCAACAGCAGCACCCACAUCCGCACCAACGAUCAUUCCUGAGGUUCAGGAGGUCGCUGCCAGCGCUGCCGCUGCCUUGUCCACCGUCUCCGUUGCCGGUGUAGUGGCAUCUUCGGUCGUCACCGCAGUCGGCGGCACGACCAGUGCGUCGGCAUCCGUGGUUGCGGGGGGCACGGGCCAGGCAGCGACGCAGAGCACGUUCCGGAACCCUUCGUCGACAAUGGCGCUUGUUCUUACCUCGCAAAUACAGUUUCUAGCAACUCUGUCUUUCGUGGACGACACAGGAGUGGAGGGUUCUGCUCUCUCUGGGUUAACCAAAAACCUCAGAUGGGUGAACUUGUGGCCCUCGCAGAGCUUCUCUGAGGGAGUAGCAUCAUGGGUUUUAUGUAAUGAGCCGGAGCCAACCUCCGGAGAAGACGACGACUCCGAAGAAGAUGGUGAUUCAACGCAGCGAGGAAUCUCCUGGACAGUCAUCAGCGAUGUUGGCUCUUUCUUGUUCAUGGGGAAUCUAGCGCUGUUUGCGGGGUUCUUUGUGAUCAUAUUUUCCGUGCACAUUUUGCUGGCGUCAGCGGUUGAGGCGUACUGGCUGGCAAAGCAACGGGCAAGGAAUGAGAUUCCAAGAGCGUUGGGUGGUGACCUUUCUACCAGCGGUAGUUCCACCGCUUGGUCGGGCACGCGGGCCAUCCAGUCACCUCAACUGAUGGAACAUCAAGCGUUACCUUCUUGGGACAGCACGGGCCGGAAUGAUUCAACGAACGUACAAGAAGCAGCGCGAACGAACACGCGUGCGGGCAGUUCCAUCGGCCAGGUGUCUGAGUGCCGAGAACUAUCGCAGUCAGCGUGGCUUCAUUACCCGCACCUAGAGCUCGUUUUUCUUUUCUUCGCGUUCGAGGGCGCAGUGACCUCGCAGGUGUCAGCGUUGCGAAGUACAAGCUCUUCAACAGUUUUCUACGCGGCCGUGGCGACUUUGACCGGGUGCAACUUGUCCCGGAUAGCUACCAUGUCAAUCCUCGGUUUUAUCCUCUUCGAUGUCCGCGGCAGGGUAAGGGUUCGAUCAGACGCCCUCAUUGUGUUCACCUCCAAUAAAACCGACGAAGGGUCGACCGGCAAGUCUACCCUUUAUUCCAAAAUGGUUACCGGGUUGAAGAAGGAUUCCAGCUUGUUUGCAUGGGCGGAUAAGGGGCACUGGAACACAGUCCAGACGGCGGACGAAGACGCAAGACGGGAUGCUGAUUGGUUCCGGAUCGGGUUCGAACCGCUGUAUGCAGACUUCACCCAAGCUGGAUCAUGGUUCACCGUCUACACAUUGAUUGAGUGGGCUACCCUUGCCUGCAUUGCCGUGCUGGUGGACAACAGUGCGGUGCAAUGCGGGUUGUUCUGCGCCUUACAUUCGAUGACCUUCAUCCUUUUAGUCGUUUGCAAGCCGUUCGCAAACAGCGUUCUGAAUACAAUGGGAGCUAUCGUGAUGUUGACCGAUGCGGUUUGUAUGGGGAUGCUGGCCCUGUCCGCUGGCACGUUCCGCAUGACUGCCGCAGCGGAUAGGAUCGACAUUGUGGUCAUGGUCGCACAGCAUCUGUGUAUUGCAGUACUGGUUGUACCGCUCUAUGUGGACACUCUACUGUUGGUGUGGGGCGCGAUUCGGAACAGGAGGGGGCCCGUCAAGACCAGGGAUAACGCAGCUCAACGCGCCGAGCGAGAGUUCAUCAACCGUCGAACUCUUCGGCUGUGGGGGAGAACUUGGUUUAAUAUGGUCGGCAGCAACGUGUUCGCAUGCGUGAGAGAUACGAGAGAAGGCAUCCGUGACCCGACAGGCUCCAGGCGCCAAGAUCGAUUGAGAGCGGGGCAAAUCGGCCCAUAUCCCGAAUGGUCCUUAAAAAACCUUCGGGCACCGGUUCCCAUCGACCUGCCCCGUCGCAACUUUGGUGGUUUCGAUUGGUACGGGGGGCAAGACGACGAUGCCGAUGCCAUCACAGACCAACCAGCCUCGGGCAGACGUCGGAAAUGGAAAAGAGGGCCUGCGGAAAAUGACUAUCCUAUCCGUCGCUCCAGCUACUCUCUUGAUUCGACAAUCGCCGCUGUCAGUAUGGAAGAAGCUGGUCAGACGUCAUCGCCGCGGAGCGCGGGUAUCUCAGGCUCUGACGAACGUAGCGGCUCGAACGAGAAUGGGCCCAUUGAGGACAAUCUCUCCUUUCGGCAUUCAAAUAUCCUGGUACCAUCGGCGGUGGUGGUAGACCGUCGAGGCGAUGCCGGCCCGUUGACAGGUCGGGAGUACGUGAGUCACGCUCAGAGUAUCUCAGCCAAGCGCCGUCACGGAAGCCAUGGUAGGCAGUGCGGAGCAGGUCUCAUUGAGGAUGACCUACCUCGCCGCCGCAUCGGACUUGCCGCAGGACCGGAAAUUUUGGAUGAUGCCGUCCACGAACAGGGGAUCGACGAGAACGAAGCUGGCCUGGAGGCUGAUGAAGACGUGCAAGGUCCAAGGCGCCGUCGGGGUCGUAGGCGGGGAGAACCCGCAGGAGAAGAUUUUCCGCGCCGCCGCCCGAGCGUCUGGUCUGUUUCAGGUUUUUCGGUCGACCACGUCGACAAUACGGACCUGCAGUCUGUGCCAGAGCAUGACAAUGACCUAGAGCACUUUUCCGAUGUACAUGGUCCACAGAACGGUCAAUCACGUACACGUCGGGGACCCGUCGAGGACAGCUUGCCCCGACGACGCUUCUGUUCCUCCUCUAUCCCGAUGUCAUCGUUAGACAGCUCCGAUGAAGCCGACCGGCAGCCUCUGCCAGAAUAUGGGAACGACCUGGAAGCUGUUGUCGACGAUGGUUCGCUGCAUGGUUGGGGUCAUCGACAGGGAAGGCACCUUGAGGAUGAUUUGCCACACCGCCGUUCCGGUUACUCCGCCGCCUCAGGGUUUGCACGACAUCUUGAUGAGGACCUAAGCUUGCCAGCAAUGCACAAUCUCGACACGAACAUGUGGCCUGCUUCCGUCCAACAGAGUGCAAGGAGUGAUCGGACUCACAAGUGGGGAGAGCCUGUCCAAGACGACUUACCCCGCCGUCGGUCGGUUUUCUGUUCUGCUUCGACUGCAUCGAUGGACAGCAUACAUGGAUCUAGCCGGCAGGCUGUCCCGAAGGAUGGUUUGAAGUUUGACGUCGAUGAGACCCCACCCCAACGCCGUGGCAGUUGUCCACAUGGAGGACCCGUUCAGAACGAUCUGUCUAGCAGACGCCCCAGUUUCUCUUUCCGUUCCACCACUUCUGCGGAAGAUCCUCCAGCAAUAGAUGGACUGCAGGCAGUGCCGGAGCACGGCGGCGACGCGCCCCCUCUUGUUGUAAACCGUUCGUGGCAACGGGAACGAGCCACAAGGGGAGGACCCUUUGAGGACGGUCUCCCUCGUCGUCGGUCCGUUUUCCUCUCUACUUCGAUGACAUCGGUAGACAGUGCUGAUGAACCCUUUCUGCAGUCAGUACUGGAGAAUAGAAAUUACCGAGGAUCUUCGGGAGGUUGGGCCGGCCGACAGCGAGGUGAGGGUCGCGCCCAGGAAGGGCUUGUUGAAGAUGAUGUGCCGCGACGGCGCUCGUGGUUCUCGUUUUUUGAUAUGGCUGCAAAAGACGCCAAGGCACCAGACGUGCAGGCUGGGCAUGAACAAGAUGAUGGCGCUCUGUCGAUCGUCGCUGACAACGACCCACGAGAGGGACAAGGACGUAAACCUGGAGGAGACGUUGAGGAGUUGCCCCACCGCUGUCCCAUAUUCUCCUCUACUUCGGGGUAUUCGACCGAUAAUGUCGAUGUGCCUGACCUGCAAAGAACGCACGAUGACAAAUCGUUCCUAGGGGUGGUGUCGAACGAUCACGGUCAACAUGGUCGCAGUCGGGAUCGGGGAGCACUCAUAGUGGACGAAUUUCCUCGUCGCCGUCUCACCUAUGAUUCUGGCAUGGAGGCCAGAGUAGACUACGGCGAUAUAUCUGGCGUGCCAAUGACGACUGAUCACGAGGACGAUACCAGUGCGGAUUCCGAAACGUUCGGUAUCAGAGGUCGCUGGGCUUGGAACGGAAGAAAACCCAUUCAGGAUAAUAUUCCCCACCGUCGCCCUGGUGUUUCGAAGGCUUCGGUCGUGGGCGUUGAGGAUUCUGGCAUGUCCCUCACGCCAGAGCGCGACUGUGAUAGAGAAACUGUCCUGGGCAGUUUUGGGGGAAUCGACGCAGGCGAGGGCAGACCCAUCGGCACAGGGAGAAAGGCAAGUGGAGAUGUCGGCAGGUCAUCGGAACCCAGCAGAACCUAUGAGAGCCCGGGCCUGUUCGGAAUACCAUGGGGGUUUACAUGGGGAAAGCCCAUUGCCGUAGAUCUUCCACGACGUCAUUCCCGAAACUCGUCCGGUUCGACACAUCGCAUGGGUCUAGCCUCGAAGGGCUCUUUUCGUCAGGAUGGAAGCUUCUGCAACAGAAGAGAUUCCAGCCAGUUCAGUUCGUUUGGCAAUACCGCGGUCGUCCUGGCAGGGAAACAGUCGUCUGAACCCAGCAACAUGGAUGAGAGCAAAGGCCUAUUCAGGAGAUCGUGGGGAUUUCCACGGGAAAAGCCCACUGCCGUAGACCUUCCACGACGAUAUUCUGGAAGCUCGUUCGAUUCGUCCCACGGUACGGGCCUAUCCGCUAAUAAAGCGCUGUCCCGUCAGGACGGAGGCUUCUCAACGGGACCUGAUGCGAGCCACCUAUUAGGUUCGCAGGGUGACAUUAUGACAAACCCCGCCGAUCGCUUAGGAGGGAGAACUAGCACCAGUAGCGCAAUCCAAACGGCAAGACCUGCGUUCCUUGGAUGGGCCCAUGCCGAGCACAAACCGAUUGAGAUAGAUGUUCCUCGACGUCGUGGCAGUCAGUUGAGUUUUUCUUUGGAGGGGGGGGGGGAGCUUGGCACGUGUGAAGCUGCCGAGGACGACUUUCUCUAGGUACCGGGUGCUUGGAAACGUGUCUUGUACGCCAGUGACUUUUCUUGGAAUGUAGACAUCAUGUUCUCGUCGUGUUGCGAUGCCUUAGUUCCUUGAGACUUUCGGGGUGAGGUGUGUGGGGCUAUCUAUCUACAGCAUGUAGGCUACGUCUGCUUCUUCUUAAUCCCCUCUGUCGCCAAAAAGUUCAGCCGCCGCGAGAAUUAAUAUCUGUGUGCAUUUUUUUGUGCGUUGCCAACCGUGAAGAUCCCGAUCCUGAUGAUGCCCGUAUGCAUACCACAUCAUGUGCCCCCUCUCUCUCUCUCCGUUUCCUCUCUCGUGGGCAAUUUUCCGGAUUUUUCUGGGGGGCGUGAGCCAGCACGCCGGGGAAAGAGAGAGAAGAGGUAUAUAUUUCGUGUUAUUAUUUGGUGAUCGGAAGGCGGAUGUGUUGUUGUGAUUGUUGGUUGCGAACGGGGGAUUCCUGGAGAGAUUGAUUGAGUAAAGAAGAGUGAGAAUAAUUGACCCCUUUAACAGUGAGAGAAAAGCGAGAAUAAGC